UCGAUUAACAUGAAAUGUUAAAAACUUUAUACUAAUCUGGUGUUUGUGUAUAUGACUGGAUGUGUUUAGCUAGCUAGCUAGCUUUUCAGCUGUGCGUGGACGGGUUGAGUUAGCGGGCUAGUUAGCAUUAGCUUAGCGGCUCGUGAACGAGGCUGAAUCCCAAAUGGCUUCCUAGUUUCUCUUUAAGUGCACUGGUAUCGGGUAUGAAGUGAAAAAAACGAGCAUGUGCACCCUAUGUAGUGCACUCUGUGGAGUCAGUUUGGGAUUUAACCAAGGGAACUGAAAAGCAGGCCGAGCUCUCGUGCAGUAUCUCCAAGCGAGCUGUUGUCCCAUUAUACUGUUAUUUUAUUAUUUAUUCUGAUAAAACUUUCCACAUGUGCAAACCUGAGUGAGCUCCUUUCAUGUGAAGAUGUCUCUCUAGUAACUAACUUUCACUAGCUGGGCUUGUUUUGGGGUCAGAAACCUCAGGAGCUUGUUUGGUCUCCACCACACUGCUGCUGCUGCUUCUUCUGGACUUUUGGAACCACAUUGAUAGUUCCCUCUUUACCUGCUGCCUGCUUGUAACCUGUGUGAAGUUCCUGUGCUUUGGUCUUCAUCCUGAAAGAAGAUGCCAGCUGCGCUUGCAGAUACGAGUCAGAUCAUCUGCGAGGUCUGGGCCAGCAACGUGGACGAGGAGAUGAGGAAAAUCCGCCAGAUCAUUCAGAAUUACAACUACAUCGCCAUGGACACAGAGUUCCCCGGCGUGGUGGUUCGACCCAUCGGAGAAUUUCGCAGCACUGUCGACUAUCAGUAUCAGCUUCUGCGCUGCAACGUGGAUCUGCUGAAAAUUAUACAGCUCGGUCUGACCUUCAUGAACGAAGACGGCGACUAUCCACCCGGGACCACGACCUGGCAGUUCAACUUUAAAUUCAAUUUAACAGAGGACAUGUACUCACAGGACUCCAUAGACCUUCUGCAGAACUCGGGCCUUCAGUUCAAGAAGCACGAGGAAGAAGGGAUCGAUACGCUGUACUUCGCAGAGCUCCUCAUGACCUCGGGUUUGGUGCUGUGUGAAAACGUGCGGUGGCUCUCCUUUCACAGUGGAUAUGACUUCGGCUACCUGGUGAAGCUCCUCACAGACGCUCGCCUACCGGAAGAGGAGCACGAAUUCUUUCAGAUCCUGAACCUCUUCUUUCCUGCCAUCUAUGAUGUGAAAUAUCUCAUGAAGAGCUGCAAAAACCUGAAGGGUGGACUUCAGGAAGUCGCAGACCAGCUGGAGCUGAAAAGGAUCGGGAGACAGCAUCAGGCCGGCUCGGACUCGCUGCUGACUGGAAUGGCCUUCUUCAGGAUGAAAGAGUUAUUCUUCGAAGACAACAUAGACGACGCUAAAUACUGCGGCCGGCUCUACGGCCUGGGCUCGGGUUCUUCUCAGACUCAGAACGGCAUCUCCAGCUCGUCGCAAGAAGAAAACAACAACAAGCACUGACCUCCGACGCCACCAUGCACUUGUUUUUAAUCCCUCAGAGAAGAGCAGAUACUGGAUAUUUUUUUUUUUUUUUUUUUUUAAACCUCCAUCCCUCAACCACAUCCACAUUGGAUCGAUGGAGAAAACGACCAAUCCUCUGAAAACCAGUUCUGCUCUUAAACCCAGUCGUUUCACCCAAACAACCAACCAACCACACAAACAAAUAUCCGAUUUCCAAGCGCAUCAUUCCUCCAGGACAUUUUAUUCGUUUGUUUUACAGCAUUAAACAACUGAAAAAAAAUAUUUUUUAAGCACAGGACUAGCACCUUGUAUCUCACAGCUAACAAGAUUCACAGCAUUUUUAAUAUGCUCCACCAGCAGUUUGGCACAAUCUUGUUCAGGAUUGCUUUUCUAAAAAAACAAAACAAAAACAAGGCUUGAAGAGAUCCGGUGUCGUACAGGUAACGCGAGAAACAUCUGUUCAGUGUUGUAAUAUUUUAAAUUAUGCUGCGAAGUGUUGUGUAUUAAAAUGUAAAUCUUUCAAAGGAGCCAAUCUUUUAGCAUUUUUCCUACGAAAAAAAAAAUGUUUUAAAUCUGGACAUCUUUGUUAUGGAAUAAGAUGCAGGGAUACACUGGUUCUGUGCAGAGCGUCUUUUAAUUUGUCCACCAUGAAACAGAUUGUUUGUGGUACGUAUUGUUUUUAUUCCAUCCGAUGUUUGAAACUCUUGUAUAUUAAAAUGUUUUCUAUCAA